UCGUGAUCCAGUCGACCUCGACGUCGUCAAGUGUAAAAAAGUAUCCAGCGAAUUUAUUAGAUUGAACAAGAACACAGUAUUUGUGCUCUGAACUCACCUCGAAGGCCAAGGAUGGUCCUGUUGACGCUCAUAGCUCGAGCCUCUGAUGGCCUCCUGCUAUCAGGCAGCGUCCAGGAAGCGGAAGAGACUGGACGCAGUGACAUGACCGAGUACCAGAAUAAAGCAAAACAACUGUUCCGCAAGCUGGGAUCCAAUGCAGCGUCACCCUCCACCGUGGAUGACGGAGAAAUUUUAUUCCACUACAUUGUAGCGGACAAUGUGUGCUACAUGGCGCUGUGCGAGAAAACGUUCUCGAAGCGCAUGGCGUUCAGCUACCUGGAGGAGCUGCGCGAGGAGUUUUCCAACAUGCACAGCACACAGGUCGCCAGCGCGCAGCGGCCGUACGCCUUCAUCGAGUUCGCCACUGCCCUGCAGAGACUCAAGAAACCGUACGUGGACUCGCGGGCGCAUCGGAGCGGCGUGAAGAAGCUGAAUGACGAGCUAGUGGAUGUGCAGCGCAUCAUGGUGCAAAACAUCGACGAUGUACUGCAGCGCGGAGAGCAUAUGACAUCGCUAGCGUCCAAAGCGCAGGAGCUGUCCUCCCAGUCGCAGAUCUUCCGCAAGGAUGCUGCCUAUUUAAACCUGCGCUCCAAGUACGCCAUGUGGGCGGCGAUGGCACUGAUCCUCGUCGUAAUGCUCUUGUUCCUGCGCUACAUGGUGUUCUAGAUCUGUCACCCUCGCAAACCCUUCACAUAGACAGACCCCUCUGUACAUAGGCCCACUGCACAUGACCCCUCCCCCCCUCUCACAUUAUUAUAUUUGUCGCAGUUAUCAACGUAUGAAAGCAUUGCACGUCUGCAUUUUGCCGAUGUUUCCAUCUCCCCGUGUACAUUGAUAGCCAUUGAGUAGGAGCUGCUGUUGCAGUCCACUGUCACAGUGCUGCGUACUCCCUUUUCGUAUCAAAAAGCUGUAUCCUUAUGUUUGGUAUAUUUUGACUAUUUUCCCCCUUUCACAGCAUGAAUUCUCGUUCUUCAGUAUAUGUAGUGCUUCAAAUGAAUUAAUUUUAACUGUACCUGCUGCUGGCAUAUCGCAGAUGCAAUGAAUUACUUCGAUACCAGCUGUACAUCGCUUUUUUCAAUUGUACUCUGCUAUUUAAAUGACAACAAAUUUGGUAGAAACAACUUUUGACAAGA